CAGCUGGGUAGAGAUGUAAACAUUGAAGUACUAUCAGUCGAAGCUCUUUCACUUCAUUCAAAUAAAGAUAGGUCCAUUUGCCGGAUUGACACAAGACAGCGAAGAUGGCUGCGUCAGCAACCCCAGUCUGUGAAACAACGGAAAUAUUCAACAUAAUCGGAAGUUUUGGAAAAUGGCAAAAAAUAGUAUUCGCCAUCUUUUUCUGUGUCAACACAGUAGGCAUUUUCCAAAACUUCGCAAUGACAUUCUUGGCACCAAACAUGGAUUUCUGGUGCAUAGAACCUGCUGUGAAUUAUUCCUGGACAUUAAAUUCAACAAACUUGCCAGGCUUUAACAGAGAAGAUCAGUGCUAUGUUUCUGUGUCCAACAAUUCAAGUACAACAAGAAUGAACUCUGAUGAAUUGAAUCUAAACCAUACUAUCAAGUGCACGAAGUGGGAAUAUGAUACUUCGUAUUACUCGCACACAGUAGUCAGCGAAUGGGACUUGGUGUGCGACAGAGAGUGGUUGGUAUCUUUAUCCAAGUCCAUAUACAUGUUUGGAUUUUUGCUUUCUGUUUUCGUUUUUGGUCAGGUGUCCGAUUGCAUUGGAAGGUUCCCUACCAUCGUCAUUUCAUAUCUCGUCACAGUUGCGAGUUUACUACUCUCUCUUCUCUCUACUUCCUACUCGAUGUUCGCCAUUCUCAGGUUCUUUCAAGCUUUUGGGAGAACGGGUCUCACCACCGUCGGAUUUGUGCUCUUAAUGGAAAUCAUAGGAUCUGCUCAUCGGACUAAUGUAGGAAUGGCAAUUCAGCUCGGAUGGAGCACAGGUCUCUUCUUUUUAGCUGGCAUUGGUUUUUUUUUCCGACAUUGGUUUUGGUUCCAAGUUGCUAUUGCAGUUCCCAUUUUACCUCUUGCUAUCGGCUACAAAUACAUACCGGAAUCUCCUCGGUGGCUACUCAUGCAGAGAAAAUACAAGAAGCUGGAAAAAGUACUCGAAACCGCAGCAGUGAUGAAUAAAAAAGAAAUAAAAUGUGACAUGAAAGAUUUGAUUACUAAUAAGUUUGCAGUAUCGGCUGAAGGUGAGAAGGGAACAAGAAAAACUGUUCUUGAUAUCUUCAAGACACCGAAGAUGCGAAAUAGAGCGUUCAACAUGAUUUAUUUGUGGAUCGUCAAUGCCUUCCUGUACUAUGCUAUGGCUUUCAACACAAACGACUUAGCUGGAGACUCGUACUUGAAUUUUUUCGUCUCUGGUGCACUUGAGUUCCCUUCCUACGCCGUUACUUACAUAGGAGUACGCUAUUAUGGAAGGAGACCGUCUCUCGUUGGGCUUAUGCUAAUUGGAGGGGCAGCAUGUGGCGCUCAAAUUUUUGUGCCAGAAACUCUCUCUUGGUUGACGGUUACCUUUGCGAUGAUUGGUAGAUUUUGCAUCACCGGAUCUUUCGGAAUACUGUAUUUGUACACCACUGAGCUUUUCCCAACUGUGGUCCGGAAUGCUGCGAUAGGAACAUGUUCCAUGUUCGGGAGAAUUGGUUCUAUCGUAGCUCCUUUUAUGAGAGAACUGGGUAGAGCUACACACCCGUCUGUGCCUAGCGUCGUGUACGUUGUGCUUGCGUUUUCAAGUGGUCUGCUGGCACUCCUCUUGCCUGAGACAAAAGACAAACAAAUACCUGACACAAUCGAAGAGGGAGAGAAUUUCGGAGAGUAA